AUGUUAUUCUCAAGACCUCACACCAAGUCGACGCCGGCGUCUGACACCCGAUCCAUCGUCUCUGGACGACCAACCCUUAAAGGCAAAUUGUAUCUGGACCUUGUCACCUUCCGCGAUUUAAAUGCACCACUGCCGCACUUGGACGAUACUCGUUCAGGUCCUGCAUCACCUCUUUCAUCCAAGUCUUCGUUGAAAUCACGAUCAACCUCAUCAUCUUCAAUGUCCUCUUACUCCAGUUCGAACUCUGCAUCGUCGUCAAUGCGUAGCGAUACAAGUGAGCGUGCAUACGAAGAGGAAUAUUUUUUCCUUGUUCCAAUCGAUGGACGCGCGCAGGACGUGGGUGGGCUGGUACACAUUGUAGGGUCUGGAACUCAAGACAUUUACUUAACGGUAACGCCUGGGGUGUGUCCGAUGAAGAAGAAGAGUUAUAUCCGACGACAAAAUAUUGGCAUUGUAACGGGCGAGGCUCAGUUUCUGAGUGUAGCGGCACUAGCACCUCUUUGUGUAACAAAGGAGAACCCGCGCAUUGACAAGGCUAUUUAUUCGCGGUGGAAGCAAGAUAUGAUUACCCAGGCCUUUAAGACGGGUGUUUUAAAGGCUUAA